AAGAGCAGGAUCAUUUCACAUUUUGAGAAUGAAGUGUCCUAAGUGCAGUCACGAGGCUUUGGAAAAGGCCCCAAAGUUCUGCAGUGAGUGUGGACAUAAACUGCAAUCUCAAUCUUACGAGACAACACAAGGCACUCCACAUGACAAGUCUCAAACACCCUCCAUUGUUCCUCAAAUCACAAAUGCAGAAAUGGAUGAGACUGGAUCUGAAUCAAAAUCACUGGAAAUCCAGAAUGCCAACGUAUCUCCAAAAAGACCGAAUGAAAAUACCAGCCCUAAUCCAAAGAAGAAGAAAAGAAAGAAGAGAAAAAAGGAAAAGAAGAAAAAAUCUGGUGUUUCAGAAGGCCCCUCGUCACUGACCUCAGAUCUCUCUGAUAUUUCUCUAACUGAUAAAGAGAAAAAAAUGGACACAGAUCAGUCGUCUGACAGUGAUUGCUCCAGCUGCAUUGUAGAAGAUACUCCCACACCAGCUGAACCAUCCUCUCAUCUGAGUCCACCAGAGAAUGAAACUGCUGGGCCUGCACAGCUUAGCGCAUCUGCUUUAACCACAGGUUCAAGCAAAGAUGGCGAGGAGAGUAUUGGAACGACUCAAAAGCCAGUCAGCGCCAGUGCUUCUAAAGCGCCAUUGGGAGUAGAUCAGCAAACUAAAGAGGAAAAAGUCAAAUGUAAGGAUGAAGGCCAAAAGAGUUUGUCCGCAAAAGCACAGCAUACUCCUAAUGCUAAUGUAGACCAGAAUGCAAACGUACAGAGCGACGCAAACAUUGACAAAGACUCUCAGAAUGUAGAACCGCAGAAGAGCUCUUCAGUGAAGACUAAGCCGAGUAAGUCAACUGUUGCUGACCCGAAGAAAACCGAAUCUGAGAAACAAAAAAGUGGUGAAAGAGACAAUGAAAAUAGCACCCAGCCUGUCUCAUCUCCCAAACUGAAAAGAAAUCAGACUGAAGAAUCACAGAAAAUGGUGUUCGGCCCAAAUAGUGCACCCAAGAAAAACCGUGGUUCAAGUGCAGAUUCAGCGAUGAAAGUUGAGAAGAAGCCCGCUGGCGGGAAAAAAGACUCUUCUGCUGACCAGAAAAGCAAGGAAAGCGAGGAUACUGAAAGUCAAUGUGUUACACUUCCAAAAAGAAAUACACGAUCAACUCAACAUAUAAGUUCCAGUGACAGACUCACCAUUUACUUUCAUGCAGUCCUCUCCAAAGACUUCAAGUUUAACCCAGAAGAGGAUUUGAUUUUUAUAAGGGCCGGUGGUCCCAUUGGAAACUGGGAAGAAAAUUUGGUCGAACUCUCUGUGUCACGGGAUCUUAAAGAGCACGGAUUUCUUGUUGAAGGGAAGUUUAUAUGCAGAAAAAUAGAUGCUGAAGCUGUGUCCAUCCCCUACAAGUAUGUUGUGUAUAAACAAAAGAAAAAUAAGUAUGAUUAUGAAUACAUCUACAAGCUGGAUGCAGAAGUACCCACAAACAGAUGUCUGUUUAUCAAGUCACAUCUUCUGAAUGAUGAAGGAGAAUGGCAUCAGUACGAUGACAUCAUCUGUGCACAACCAGCUAAAAACAUGUUUGAAUGGGUUAAGAAAACAAUAUGGUCUGAUGAAAAGAAAAAUGUACUUCAGGGAAGAAAAAUCGCUGGUACAAUCAUGCUGGAAACUAUCUUUGACCUCCUAAGAAGCUGGAGCAAAAUCAACCUCAACAACUUCUUCAGUCAACUCCGGCAGUUUUAUGAGAUCUACAGAAACCCUUUUGUAUUUGAAAAGAAACAAACGAAAUGGUACCAACUCGAUUAUGAUGAAAAGGAUGUCCGCGAGCUCCUCAAGAACUUCAUGCUGAUGCACGUGACUCCAGAGCUACAGAAGGACAGCAACGAAAAGAGUAAAUUCAUCCAGGAGCCACUGAAAGCUGGUCUCAUUAUGCUGUAUGUGUGGAAACAAUAUGAUUUAAAAUUAGACUACGGUACUCUUUCUCGUCUCUGCACUGCUGUCUGCCUGCCAAAUUUACCUAAGGAUGAAUUCCUGUCUCUCUGGACUGACAUAACCGAAUCAUUCUCUGUGAUAAAUAGUUUUUCUGACAUGGUGGAGGCGCUAAUUAGCAAACUGAAAGCAGAGAACAUGCCCAGAUGGAUCAUUGUAAUUCCUCUACUGCACCUUCUCAAAGGCACUUCCAAACCAUUUGAGCAAGUGAUUACUAAGGUCAACUCAAAAUAUGAGCAGAGCUGGGCUGGACUGCAAGGACUCCGAUCUAAUAUACUUUCCCCUGGACCUCAGGAACGCAGGGCGAUGCUGAAUCUCAUGAAGACUUACGGACAUUUAGUGGAGGUAGACAGACUGCUGAUUCGUUCUUGGAUGUAUCUGAUGCCUUUAGAUGAUUUGGUCGAGUGUGGCUCCAUUUUCCCCGUGGAACUCUUGGACAUCCUCCAGCUUUUCACCAUGAAAUGCCCUAAUAAUAUAAGCUUUACCUCUUCCGAAAGUACAGCUGAGGCUCUGGCACACAUUCAAAGUCAAUUACUCCAACAUAGAUACAGCUGUCCAGAUGUGGAUUAUGGCAUCCAGUGCAUACAAGCAGCUUGCAAGCUUCUAGAGAAAAUCUGCAGUCUUGUUCGUUACUUUGGGCACAGUCAAAAUUUCACUGAUAUCCCUGUUGCUUGCAUGAACCUAGUGGCCUCUGUGUCAGGAUUUGCUCAGACAAAACAAGAAGCUGACACAUUUGCUGAGAAGACUCUUGUGCUUCUCAAUGACACCAAGCAAACUGUCAGAGCGUGGAUGCGUCAAACUUUUAAAGGCAGACUUUUAAACAGUCAUCUGUUUUCAAGUCAUCUGACGGGUACCAGCUUCAGUACGGAGACUGAGGUUUGGAAUAACAUUAUUGCCAUUGAUUUCGUGUGUAAGGACUUCAUUAAAGAAUGGAGAGACACAUUUACAACAGACUUUGAGGGAAAAUAUCAACAGGAAGAUCAUCUAGACCAGAUCGAGGCUUAUUGCUCAAAUAUUGAGAAACUUAAAGUCUCCCAGCCUUAUUUGGUGAAUAGUGUAGAGAAGUGUGCUCUCCAAGCUGUUAGCACGAUAUGCCAGACUAAAUCAGAGUGGAAACUUUUUGCAAGAUUCAAUAAAUUCCGGAUAAACUGGAGGUUUGGGAAUCUUGUGUCUACCAUCAUACUCAAGUCCUGGCCAAAAGACGACAAAGGAACCUAUUUUGAGGAAGAAGAAGCUGUUCUCAAACAUCUUCUGGGCUGGGCAGCAGCUAAGAACAUAUUUCAGCUUCAUGGUGCUGAUGAAAAACUGAUCGAUCAGCUUUCUGAUGAGGCUAAAGAGAAAUUUGCCAUGGCAACUUCAUUAUUCACAAAUGUUUUAAAUCAACUCGUAACAGGGAAAAUAAAGAUGAAGCUACUCAAUCACAUCCUGGAAAAGAAAAGCGUUUUCCUUGAGCUGCUUACUUUAGACUGUUUUUCUGAAGAAGAACAAUACAAGGACAUAGAUGCCAUGAAGGCAUUGAUUCAGACCAGACAGGAAGAGGUGAAGGCUAUUUAUCAUGAGCGUGCGCUUGCAGGAGCUCUGAUUGCAAUGUGUCACAAUGUGGAGGAGCAUGUGAAGGUUGAUUACAAAUAUUUGGAAGACUUGUAUAGCAAUGAUAUGAAUGAGAUGGAUCUGGACCUGUUUAUGGACGUUCAUGAAUUGAACCAAAUUCCCACUGAAGCAUCACUAGAAGUCCCCUACUUUGAACUUCAAGAUGAUGUUCGGUCUAUGGCAGAGAUCUUAAACAUCUUUAAAGACAGCUAUAUUUUCAAAUUGCGUUGGGGGAAUGAGGCAGCAUUGUUUGUAGAGCGUGCUGAAGAUGAGGAAUUGGACGAAUUGGACGAAUUGCCAAUCACACUUGAUGUUCUUAAUGAAGAGAUAUUUUUACCAUGUCAUGCUGCAUACAGAAACAUAUAUACAAGUCUUAAAGAUGGUAGCAUUGACUUUGAAGACAUCGAUGAAAUAUUCAGAGCCUACAAGGGAAAGUAUGAAAAACUGGCAGCAGAAGUUGCGAUCAUGAGCAAACAAGACUUCAAUGAUGACCAACACUGGGUCCAGACAAGAAUCCAGCAGAUCAAGCAGUACCAUGAGCUUCAUCUGGCUGUAGAGUCAGCAAAGGUGGUCAUGAUGGUCAAAGAGACCCUUUGCCUCCAAGGUGACUUUCAGGUGUUGGAGAAGUUGCUUAUUACUACACACUCGGAUUUUAAAAGUGAGCGUUUAGACAGCAUUGACAAUGAGUUGAUUCAGGCAAAAAAUGUGCUUGUGGACAUCACAGAGCCACGUAGACUGUGCCUUCAAGAACUUGGCCACAGAAAAAACUUCGUUAUCUGGGUUAAAGAGGCACUCGAAGACAUCAACGAGUUGAAGGUAUUUGUGGAUUUGGCCUCUAUCUCUGCUGGAGAGAAUGAUUUAGAUGUGGAUCGUGUGGCCUGUUUUCAUGAUGCAGUUCUAGGCUAUUCGUCAAUGCUGUAUGAUUUAAAGCCAGAUGCUGGCUUUAGUCUUUUUAAUGAGAUGCUGAAAAAAUUAUGGAAGGCACUUGACAACGACUCCAACCUUCCAAAGAAAUUGUGUGACUCUGCAAGACACAUAGAAUGGUUGAAGACAGUCAAAGACAGCCAUGGGUCAGUGGAACUGUCUUCUCUAUCUCUGGCAUCAGCUAUCAACUCAAAGGGCAUCUACGUUAUCAAUGCACAAAAUCAGAAGAAGUUGGCCUUGGAAAACAUUCUGAAGCUACAUAUUAUGGAAGAGCAUGAUGGUGGCUGUGAGACACGCGUUUAUUCUCUUGAAGACCUCAGGGAUCUUCAGAAUAAAUUGAUGCUAAUGUCUGGCAAAGGAGAACAGGGCCAGUGUGAAGUCGAUCAAUUUGCAGAGGUUUUUGCCAGUGUACAAAGGUUGGUCUCCGCAUUUAUUGAUUUGUAUGUUGCUGGAAAUCCAUUGUUCAGACACUGGGAGGCAAACAUCAACUGUAAUAGUAAAGAAGCGUGCAUCAUCAUAGACUUCAACUUAGGGAGUGUUGUCAGCGUUGUCAUGGUUGAAGGUGAUGUCACAGAACAGCUGCCAGAAGUCUGUAAGAAAAUGGAGAGCUGCCUACGCUUCUGGCAAGAUUUUAUGGACAAGCAAAGAUCCCAGCACUAUUACUUAAACUACUACACUGCAGAACAGCUGGUCUACCUGUGCCAUCAGCUUGCUCACAAUAACAUGGAGGAAAUAGACGAUCAAGUUCUGAUGAUGCUCUCCUUUAUCAAGCCUAGUUGCUCCACUUCCGAUUUGAGAAAAGCUUGGCACAUUCUUCAGUAUGAUCUAAUUAGGAAAGGUCCUGACCAAAAUGAUGACCUAGACUUUCAAACUUUUGUGGAAGUCUCCAGUAUGACUGAAAAUGAAAGUACUGAGAAGUCAUGUCCAACAUCUGAUGAUUUAAUUCAACAGUUGGGGGAUGCUAGUGGAUCCACAAAACUAGGUGUGAUUUGGAACAAUUACAUGCGAGACAUGAAGGCAUUUCUGCCAGACUCCCUUGAUGUCCCAAGUCUUGGAUAUCUCCUUGAAAUUUUGGCCAAUAGCCACAGAGAAGAUGAGGGUGAUAUGUCACAGCGUGACAAAACAAGGACCAUUCUGAGAGAACUUCCAAAUGGAAUUGCUUCUGGGAGACCAAACCUAAUUAUCUGCCCUUCUGAAGAAAUUUUGAUUUCAUGCAUCUCAAUUUACAUGAACAGCAAGAAUGAGCCUCUACCAACCUAUGACGAAGUACUCCUCUGUAGUGCUACCACUCCAUAUGAAGAAGUGGAACUUUUCCUCAGGCGCUGCCUCUCUGCUGGGUAUAGGGGGAAGAAGAUUUAUACAAUGCUCUAUGUGAACCAACUCAACUAUGAAGUGAGCUACAAAGUGGAGAAAUUCUUUCAGAAUCAAAAUGCACACACUACAAACGAUUACCGGCUUGUGCUGAUCUGCGAAUCGAACAAAGAACAUGCAUAUCUUCCUUCAGCAUUUAGCCAGUUUAGAUUGCACUUGAUUCCACAGCAACCAAUUCCCAGUAUUCAGCAAUACCUUCAUAGGCAUUUUGCAGUUCCAGUGGGCAUAUCCAGUGCUGCUGCAGUCUUCAAGGACAGGCAGAAUGUGGGGGUUGUGUCCUCUGAAAGAUCAGGAGUUGGAAAGUCGCUUUACAUUAAACGACUGUACGAGAAAUUGAAGUUGAACUCCAAGAAGCCUUCACAGCUAAAAUGCAUCAGGUUAACUGAGCCGAAAGUUGAUGAAAAUGUCAUCAUUCAGUCCUUGAUCAGCGUCCUCAAGAAAAAUGAUCUUUCGGUCUAUCAUUUUGAUGUCACCACCAUGGUGAAGAAAGGACUUCAUGAAUUUCUGUUCAGGCUGUUGAUCCUUGGAUAUCUUAUGGACUCAAAAGGAAACAUGUGGAAAAGCAGCAACAAACACUUGUAUGUCAUUGAGAUACUAAGACCUGGCUUAUCCCAAAAUGAUCGAAGAGCUGGCGCAAAAGUUUCCUUUAAUUUCUUGGAUGUGUUUCCAAUUGUCUACUGCCGCUCACCUAAAGAGGUCCUUGAAUUAGAAAUGAGAAUGGAGGAACAUCCAUCAUUUGGACUAUCUGAUGAUCCCCUUAUGGAUGACCAAGAGUUCCGAAGUGAGGCCUAUCAACGGCCUUAUCAGUACCUGCAACGUUUCUACAAUGGCAUCAAUUUGGAUGAAUUUCUGUAUCAAGGAGUUGAGGGAAGUCAUGUUGAAUGCCUGCAGAUGUUGUUUGAGUACUGUGGCAUAAUAGACCCCUCUUGGGCAGAAUUGCGGAAUUUUGCUUGGUUCCUAAACUUACAGCUUCAGGAUUGUGAGAAAUCAGUUUUCUGUGAUUUUUCCUUCGUAGGGGACACUCUGUUGGGAUUCAAAAAUUUUGUUGUUGAAUUCAUGAUUCUCAUGGCAAAAGAUUUUGCAACUCCUUCACUUAGCAUUUCUGACCAGAGUCCCGGCAGGCUGCAUGAAGAUUUUUCCUCGGCCAAUGAAGAGGAUCUUGCUCCCUUUAAGAUAAGAAAAAGAUGGGAGUCAGAACCACAUCCGUACAUAUUCUUCAAUGAUGACCAUGAUUCCAUGACAUUCAUUGGCUUUCAUCUUCAGCCAAAUGCCCAGAAAGGGGUUGAUGCAGUUGAUCCAUCCAACAACAGAGUGAUCAAGCAAAACAUCAUGACCAUGGAGCUCUAUGAGGGCCUUAAACUACAGAGAGUUCCCUUCAAUAUUGACUUUGACCAGCUCCCAAGAUGGGAAAAAAUUGAGAGACUUUCCAGGGUGUUGGGAAUACAAUGGCCUCUUGACCCAGAUGAGACAUAUGAGCUCACCACAGACAACAUGUUGAAAAUGUUGGCAGUUCACAUGCGAUUCCGCUGUGGGAUUCCUGUAAUAAUCAUGGGUGAGACAGGAUGUGGGAAGACAAGGCUAAUCAAAUUCCUCUGUGAGAUGCACCGAAGUGGAGUUGCCACUGACAACAUGAAACUAGUCAAGGUUCAUGGAGGAACAAGCUCGGAAAUGAUUUACACCAAAGUGAGAGAAGCAGAGGCCAUGGCGUUAAGAAACAAGCUAGAUUAUGGGUUUGACACUGUGUUGUUUUUUGAUGAAGCCAACACAACUGAAGCUAUUAGCAGCAUUAAAGAAAUCCUCUGCGACAACUCUGCUGAGGGACAAAAUUUGACAGAGAACACAGGCUUGAAAAUUAUUGCUGCUUGCAAUCCCUACAGAAAACACACCGAUGUUAUGAUUAAGAGAUUGGAGUCAGCAGGAUUGGGAUACAGAGUUCGUGCUGAGGAAACUGAUGAAAAACUUGGAUCCAUUCCACUUCGCCAGCUAGUGUACAGGGUGCAGGCCUUACCACCUAGCAUGAUUCCACUGAUUUGGGACUUUGGACAGCUCAAUGACCAUACUGAGAAAAUGUACAUCAAACAAAUAGUAGAAAGAGUAGCUGAAACCCAUUCUAUUGAUUCAGGCUACAUCACAGUGAUUACAGAUGUUUUGUCAGCUUCACAGAAGUAUAUGCGAACAAGACAGGAUGAAUGCAGUUUUGUGAGUCUGAGGGAUGUUGAGCGCUGCAUGCAAGUUUUUGGCUGGUUCUACAAAAAACACUUAAUGUUACUCUCAGAGCUUGACAAGUUUGAGAGUAUUCAGAGGACCGAGAAAACCGAUCAACAUCCGAAAGAUACUGAUGAAAGAAAUCCAAUUCUUUGGUCAUUACUAAUGGCAGUUGGUGUAUGUUACCAUGCCUGCUUGGAGGACAAAGAGAAAUACAGAAAAAAAAUUUGCAAGUACUUUCCAGCAGCCUACAGCCCAAUGAAGGUGAUGCAGGAAAUCUCAGUUAUUCAGGAUAUUUUUCUGGAAGGUGUUCCAAUGGGUGAAAACAUUGCCCGAAACAAUGCCUUGAAGGAAAAUGUCUUCAUGAUGGUAAUUUGCAUCGAACUACGAAUUCCUCUGUUUUUGGUUGGAAAACCCGGAAGCUCCAAGUCCUUGUCAAAAACUCUGGUUGCAGAUGGCAUGCAAGGCCAAGCAGCUCAUUCUGAUCUGUUUAGAAAACUAAAGCAGAUUCAUCUGGUUUCUUUCCAGUGUAGUCCUCAUUCUACACCAGAAGGGAUCAUUAAUACCUUCAAGCAAUGUGCCCGUUUUCAGGAAGGCAAGAAUCUAUCAGAGUAUGUCUCUGUAGUAGUGCUAGAUGAGAUAGGCUUGGCUGAAGAUUCCCAAAAAAUGCCUCUGAAAACUCUGCAUCCUUUGCUCGAAGAGGGAUGCAUAGAUGAUCAGCCAUCACCACACAAGAAGGUAGGAUUCAUUGGCAUCUCAAACUGGGCUUUGGACCCAGCCAAGAUGAACAGAGGGAUAUUUGUUUCACGGGGUGAUCCUGAUGAAAAUGAGUUGAUUGAGAGCGCAAAAGGAAUAUGCUCCUCGGAUGUCAUGAUUCUUGAGAAAGUGAGAGAGUGCUUUAAGCCAUUUGCCCAUGCUUACCUGCGCAUCUGUAAGAAACAGGAAAAAGGUUUCUUUGGUCUGCGAGACUAUUACAGCUUGAUAAAGAUGAUGUUUGCUGUUGCUAAAGCUUGUGAUCAAAAGCCUAGUGCAGAACAGAUUGUGAAGGCAGUGCUGAGAAACUUCAGUGGCAAGGACGAUGUGGAUGCUGUCACAUUUUUCACCAGCAGACUAAAUAUCAAACCGGAGCUUGAGACUAUCAGUGCCAUUGAGCUUGUAAGAGAGAAUGUUACAGCCAUUGGACAAGAUGAGGAAUGCAGAUACCUUCUGGUUCUGACCAAAAACUAUGCAGCCCUUCGAAUUCUUCAACAAACAUUUUUUUCGGAUCAGUGCCAACCGGAAAUUAUCUUCGGCUCAAGCUUUCCAAAGGACCAGGAGUAUACUCAGAUAUGCCGCAACAUCAACCGUGUCAAAAUUUGCAUGGAAACUGGUCAAACAAUUGUGCUUCUGAACUUGCAGAAUUUGUACGAAAGCUUGUAUGAUGCUCUCAACCAAUACUACGUUACCCUUGGAGGCCAGAAAUAUGUGGAUUUGGGGCUUGGAACCCACAGAGUCAAAUGCAGAGUGCACAAAGAUUUCCGGCUAAUUGUCAUUGAGGAGAAAGACAUUGUGUACAAGCAGUUUCCCAUUCCACUGAUCAACAGGUUGGAGAAACAUUAUCUUGACCUUAAUACCUUACUGAAAAGUGAGCAAAAGGACAUUGUUAAGAACCUUGAGCAGUGGGUUCAGUGCUUCACUGAUGUUAAAAACAAGCAUUCUGUUGCUCCCAGUGCACGCCGUUACAGUCCAGCUGAUGCUUUCAUUGGUUACCACACGGACACUUGUGCAUCGGUAGUAAUGCAAGUUACAGAGCAGCUCAAAGGGCAGGAGCUCUCAGAUCCUAGAAAAGGGAUCUUAGAUGAGUCUAAAUUGAUCCUUCUGAACUGUGCAACACCAGAUGCUGUGGUUCGGCUAGACUGCACUUCCCUUUUCAAUGUAGAAAGUGAGCACUUGUCAAGGGUAUACUUUGAGGACCAGAUGCAUAAUUCCCUUGCUGAAUUCAUCCUAUCUCACAUACAGCAAGAAGGUUGUAGUGGUGCCUUUUUCACAGAGGUGACUACAUUCUCCAGGCUUCUGACUGCUUCAGAAACUCAACAGCUACAGAAUGUAGUUCAAAACAUAGAGCUUCUCUCACUACAGCAGUUUGACACGGAACAAUCAUUCCUCAAGAAAAUCAAAAAUUAUUUGGAAAACACCACCGGGGACAAGAUACUUCUCAUCCAAACUGAUUUUGAUGAAGGCUUCCAAAAACUAAACGUCAUUGCAUCUGCAAAGUAUUCUUCCAUAAAUGAAAUCAACAAAUUCAAGAAAGAGGGCAGCGGAAAGAUUUUUGUGUACUUCAUCACUAAACUACCCAGAAUGGAUGGUGGAACGUCCUACAUUGGAUUUAAUGGUGGCCCAUGGAAGUCGAUCCAUAUUGAUGACCUCAGAAGACCCAAAGAUAUUGUCUCGGAUAUAAAAGCCCUGCAGGGUCUGACCAUCAGCCAGCUGUUUGAAGAGAAAGCAGAGAAAGUAGAUGAAACAGAAGCCAUGGAAGUUGAAGACAUGUAUGCAGGAGGAGAAGAUGAAGAAGACGAAGAGAAAAUGGAGCUAGAAGAAAAUAACGGCUGUAAGGAUGUUCUGGACACCACAGCACUGGUGCGGAGCUGUGUUCAGAGUGCUGUUGGCAUGUUAAGAGAUCAAACUGAGGGAGGCAUGCGCAGCACCAAGAGAGUAGAGAUUCUGCUAAUGCUUUUGGCUGAAGACCAGACUCUACAAGCUGAAUUUCUGAAAACUUUAAAGACCCGACUUCAUUCACUAUUGGUUGCUCACGAUGACAACACUAUCUCUGCCAAGAGCUGGGUCUCCAGAGAAGCACUGAAUGUGGAUGCAUUGCAUGAGGGUGGGACUUUUAGGCAUGCCUUGUGGAGGCGAGUUCAAGCUGUAGUCACUCCCUUUUUGGCACAACUUGUAUCAGUUGUCGACCGUGACUGCAAUCUAGACCUCUUGCUGGAUAGAAAUUCUGGAGAACCCUUGAAGAAACUGUGGCUGGAAAUUUUUAGAGAUGACAAGUUCCUGAGUGUGUCGCCUUACACAAGGACGGAAAACAACUCGGCUACAAAGACAAUCCUGGUUCAGAACUACAUGUCAGUUGACCGGAACAAGGGUUGUACCAUGCCUUUCAGCUGGAGGAUUAAAGAUUAUCUAGAGGAUCUCUGGAAACAUGCUCUGCAGCAAGAAGGUCACACAGUAAAGCAAUUUGAAGAGUUCUUUUGGAAGACUCCCUUGGGAAGGUACAUCUCUGAAGCAACUAAUGAAAUGCAGAUGGAGUUUUUCUACAGGUAUCUCCAGGAUUUUAUCUCCAUGACCAUGAAUGUAACAUCAGAGGUGGACUUCGAGGUUCUACGUGGAGCCUUUACAUCCAGUGUAAAUGAGGUUAGAAUUGCUCACGAAGCACAUGAGAGUGAAGCUCUUUCUCUGGUGUGGAUUCACGUUGCCUACCAUCAUUUCAAGAACCGAAUACAGAACCUCCACCGGAUGAUGAGUUUAGAGCCUCAGAUUUCCCAGAUGCUUCUGGAAAACAGAUAUGCCAGCGAGGGCAAAGAGUUGGUAUUAGAUGUGCUUGCUGCUGUGGCCUGUAUUGAAUACUUGGAGCCCCAGAAUCUAGAUGGAGACGAUCAAAGUCUGGCCUGGCUUAGACGUGUUAAAAAGCUUCAGGUGCCUGUUGAGCUGGUCUGCAGUCUAGAGAGCCUACAUAACCGUGGAGACAGAUGCAGACAGAUGGUCACCAACAUCCAACAUGGCUGGCGUCGCAUUUACUCUCUGGUGUUGUUUGUGGAGCACAUGCUGCUGGGUGUUGGAGAUUUACAACAGAAACUCAAGCCGGUGGUUCUGGAACACACUCAGCUCCUAGCACAAGUCCUAGAGCAGGACUCAAACCUCAAAAAGAAGAAGCCAUUUGAGGCUGUGAUCACUGUCCUAAAAACCUGCAAAGAUAAAGCAUCUCAGAGGAUUAUAAGGUUUGGCCUUCAGCUCUGUCCAGUGUGUAUGGGAGACCCUCGGGACCCUUUAAGUCUGCCGUGUGACCACAUCUACUGCCUGACCUGUAUCAGGCAGUGGCUUGUGCCCGGUCAGAUGCACUGCCCUCUGUGUGUGCAGGAAGUGCCUGACAACUUUGAGCUCAAGCCCUCUGACGAGCUACGGCGUCUCAUCAGUCAAAAUGCAUCGUUCAGAAUGCGAUGCAAUGCUUUCUUCAUUGAUCUGGUGUCCACCAUGUGCUUCAAAGACAACACUCCUCCCAGCAAAGACAUCAUCCUUCAUCUGUUGUCUCUGCUGAUGGUAGAGGCCUCCUCGCUUCCUCCGUUCAAGGGGAGAGACCGCAGGUUCUUGACUAAGGCCCUUUCGCCUUUUGAUGACUCUGUGGAUAAAAAUCCAGUGGUUCGUUCAGUGGUGCUGAAACUCCUGCUCAACUACAGCUUUGAUCAUGUGAAGGAUUAUCUUCAACAGCAUCUGACAGAGGUUGAGCAAAGCAAAAUCCUCGAGGAGACUGAUAAAGCAGAGCUUUAUUGCUUAUACAUGAACUGUUUGGAGGAUUCCAUGUAUGAUCGGACACAGUGGCACACGGUAGCAGAACAGCAAAACUGUUUUCUAGAGGAAACACGCUUCCUGCUGGAGUUCCUUCAGUCUGAUUCUGUGUCUGCGCACACUGCAACUGUGGAGCACCUGCAGCGGUUGGCCAGAGUUCGACUGUGCCUGGAUAUGGCUGCUGAUCUGCUUGUGGCUAAUGCCGGCAUACAUGAUGAUCCUUCGGCUUUUAUCCAAGCGUUUUGGAACAACGUGGUUAAUCUUUGCCGCCAGAGCAGGAAUGACUGGUACAGGGUUUACCUCAUCAGAAAACUCUGCAGUCUACAAGGGGUUGAAUGUGUCAAGAACCUUCUCCUGCAGGAAACGUACAGAUGGCUGUUUCCCCAGGAGAUUCUUGAGAUGAACCAAGAUGAUAGUCAGAUUGACCAGUAUCUAGCAUGCGGAGCAGAUUACAAAACUAUAAGAGACGCAGUUGCCAAAUUCAUGCUAGACCUACACAUCAACGGAAUACAGAAAGCCAUUGAGGAUUGCAACUGCACACCCAUGAAGAAAGCAGUUUAUGUGCUAAUGGCAUUUUUCAGAGAAGUCACUUCCCUGCACAGAACUGGAAAUCCCAACAUGCACCCUAAACCUGAGCAUUGUGCUGGCCUUGAACAUUUCAUCAAAAACUCUGCCAUUUUCGUCAAUAAUGAAAUGAAAGCGUUUGCUGAAAAGCUGGUGAGGAAUCAACUGGGUGCUCUGCGUGUACGACCACACAUGCCUAGCAGAGAUCUUUCACUGGUGGAGGUCACAAUUCACAUGGCAGCUGUCCUUCUGUGUGGAAAUUUGCUUUUACUACAGCCACUGCAGAAGCUGGCGUUGUCUCCAAACAACAUGAUGGCUUCGUUUAUCCCAACUAUGCCUGAUGACAUGUUGGCUGUUGCCCAGCAGGCCAUGGGACACCUUCAGUGGUACUUCUGUCCUAAUGGUCAUCCAUGCACUGUUGGUGAGUGUGGUCAACCUAUGGAGGUUAGUCGCUGUCCAGACUGUGAUGCAGAAAUAGGUGGUUCCAACCACAGACCUGUUGAUGGUUUCCGAGCCAUGCAAAUACAAGCGGAUCGUACUCAAUCUGGACACAUUCUGGGUGAUGCUCAACGUCGUGACCUCCCUGACAUGCAGGACACUAAGAACAUGUCACCUGCCCCCUUCGCUCUUCUCAGACUGCUCACACACAUGUCCAUGUUGAUAGGAACUCAGAACAAUCCACAGAGUAUAAUGCAGAUUAUCAAGCCUGCUGUGGUGCAUCCUGAUGCAUUUCUGAUGCAACAUCUCUUGAAAGACAUGGAGCAGCUGAGCAAGGCACUGGGCAAAGGAGUGGAUGAUACAGUCUCUACCAUCCAUUUGGCCAUCCACAGUCUACUGGAACCCCAUCAGACCAGCCAAUGGCCUGAUCCAUAUGAUCCAAACCUUUCCACUAAAGAUGCAAGAAAUGGGUGGGAAAAUGCCAUGAAUAAUGACGUCAUCACACAUCAUCUGAAGGUUUUGGAGCAUCAGCUAAAGGAAGUGAACGCCUUCAUCAGGGAAGAUGAGCGAGUAUCUUCUAAUCCGGUGAUGAAGCUGACAUUUGGGGAACCAGGGCGUUUCCUGCGUUCUCUGCCUCAGAACUCCCUCAUUCAUAAUUCAUCCAUCUGGAGCUGCAGGAAUAAGGUCUCACUGAUGAGUCUUACCCAUAUUGUGGAGCAGAAUAAUGGCCGGGACACUUUGCCUGUCCUCUGGAGAUUCCUUCAGAGGGAAGCAGAGCUUCGGCUGGUGAGGUUCCUGCCUGACAUCUUGGUUCUACAGAGGGAUUUAGUAAAGAAGUUCCAGAACAUAACAGACUUAACCUACAAAACCAUACGCGAGUUCCUGCAAGACCAGAAAGCAGCUUCACUCACUGCUUGGUAUGAAAAGCGCAUCAAAAUCUUCUUGACAACGUGGAACCAAAUAAGGGUAUCUCUGGCUAACACAGGAGAGAUCAAGCUUCCGGCUGACUACACUGAGAAGGAUCUUGGUCUGGAUGCUGACCUGCAGGUGCUGCUGCCACAGAGACGUGGCCUGGGCCUGUGCUCCACUGCCCUCGUCAGUUACCUCAUCACCAUUCACAAUGACCUGAUGUACACUGUGGAAAAACACACCGGAGAUGACUCAGAUUACAAGAUAAGCCCAGCAGAACUGACAGAGCUGCAUGUUAUCCGUUAUGAGUAUGACCGGGAUCUGCUGCCCCUGGUGCUUGCCAACUGCCAGUACAGCAUGGAGUGUGGACAGGAAACACUGCUGGAGUACGACCUGCCCAAGAUUCAGCAACAGAUCCUCACCCGCUUUCUUCAAGGCAAACCACUCAUCACAAUUAAUGGGAUUCCGACAUUGGUAAACAGACAAGACAGAAAUUAUGAGAUCAUAUUUAAAGAUGUGAAGGGUAAAGUUCAGCAGGAGUUGUUGCAGCCUCUCACACAGUAUGACCUCGUCAAGGAGCUACAGUCUUACAGCGACGUGUGUGAGGCAUUGUCCACAGUUGAGCUAGCUGUCGGUUUCCUUGCUAUGACGGGGGGAGAGCCAAACAUGCAGCUAGGCGUUUAUUUGAAGGAUGUGCUGCAGAUGACUGACCACAUGGCUACACAUGUCUUCAAGGCAUUGAGUCGGUGCAGCCUGAAGCACUGUGUGGCCCUUUGGCAGCUACUCAGUUCUCUGAAAUCUGAGACAAUGCUACGUCUGAAGAGGGAUCCAUUCGUUGGAAUCAGUAAAGAAUACAAGCAGCCAUUGCAGGAGGAACACAAGAGACUGCUCACAAGUUUCUUCACCAAGUCCAGCGCUGAUGCCUUCCUGUUGGAGAUGCAUGAGUUUCUGCUUUUGGUCCUGAAAAGCCCAAAAGCCACAGACACCUACAGGCCUGACUGGAGGCUAAAACACACUGUUGUGUCCUACAUGGAGCGUAAAGAUCUGGAUGUUCCUCCUGAGGUGGAAGAGUUCUUCCCUAAAGAGAUCCUGCUUUCGGAGUACACCAGUACAUGGAACUUUUCCGUUAACCUCAGGCAAAAAAGAAGCCAAAGCUAGUUCUGGAUGAAGCACUUGUGUUGUCUUAGCCAUUGACUUAUAUCAGGGAAAAAGAAAAAAAAAAGCUAACAAAUGACAAAUUGCCUAGUACAGACUGUUGCAGUCAGUGAUAUCUGUGCACCUACUGUAAGGUUAAGUUUGCAAUACAUACAUUUUGCUCCCCUGUAAUAUGAAGGUACAAUCUGUUAAAAUUAUCGCUUCAAGUCUGAAAACAAUCAUAGAUAGGUUUCUAAAGUUUUUGAAGUUGUUUACCAUUCCAAUUUUGUAUUUGUUUACUUUUUCCUUUACAAUACCAAUAAACUCAUCUCUUUAGACUCGUUUAAAGAAUGCAAACUGUUGAAUGUUGAAAUACACACUCCACAUCAUGAGCAAUGGACUUCUAUGAAGUAAAACAGCAAAUUAUAGAAAGCUGAA